CGGCUGAGGGGGCCGGGCCGGGGCUGCGGGGCGAGCGGCGCGGCGGGGAUCCAGCGGCGCGGCCCGGGACGGUGAGGCUCGGCACGGCGAUGGCGGCGCGCUCGGCGCAGGUCAGAAGGGAUUCCGCAGGUCAUACUGGUCCACCUCUCAGAUUUUAAUCUGAAGACAGAGCUGUGACCUGGCCCUGCUCGCAGCAGACGAGCCUGCCCACCAUGGCGAGCCCCACUCUGAGCCCCGACUCCUCAUCCCAGGAGGCCCUGUCGGCCCCCACCUGCUCCCCCACCUCUGACUCCGAGAACCUCAGCCCCGAUGAGCUGGAGCUGUUGGCCAAGCUUGAAGAGCAGAACCGGCUCCUGGAAGCCGACUCCAAGUCGAUGCGCUCCAUGAACGGCUCCCGGCGGAACAGCGGCUCCUCGCUGGUGUCCAGCUCCUCGGCCUCCUCCAACCUGAGCCACCUGGAGGAGGACACGUGGAUCCUGUGGGGCCGGAUCGCCAACGAGUGGGAGGAGUGGAGGCGCAGGAAAGAGAAGCUGCUCAAGGAGCUGAUCCGCAAGGGCAUCCCCCACCACUUCCGGGCCAUCGUGUGGCAACUCCUGUGCAGCGCCACAGACAUGCCCGUCAAGAACCAGUACUCGGAGCUGCUCAAGAUGUCCUCGCCCUGUGAGAAGCUGAUCCGCAGGGACAUCGCCCGCACCUACCCAGAGCACGAGUUCUUCAAGGGCCAGGACAGCCUGGGCCAGGAGGUCCUUUUCAACGUCAUGAAGGCGUACUCCCUGGUGGACAGGGAGGUGGGCUACUGCCAGGGCAGCGCCUUCAUCGUGGGUCUGCUCCUCAUGCAGAUGCCCGAGGAGGAGGCCUUCUGUGUCUUCGUGCGGCUGAUGCAGGAGUACCGCCUGAGGGAGCUCUUCAAGCCCAGCAUGGCCGAGCUGGGGCUCUGCAUCUAUCAGUUCGAGUCCAUGCUACAGGAGCAGCUCCCGGAUCUGAACACCCACUUCCGCUCCCAGAGCUUCCACACAUCUAUGUAUGCCUCGUCCUGGUUCCUCACACUCUUCCUGACCACCUUCCCGCUCCCUGUUGCCACUCGUGUCUUUGACAUCUUCAUGUACGAGGGCCUGGAGAUUGUGUUCCGGGUCGGCCUCGCCCUGCUGCAGGUGAACCAGACAGAGCUAAUGCAGCUGGACAUGGAGGGGAUGUCCCAGUACUUCCAGAGGGUGAUCCCCCACCAGUUCGACAGCUGCCCGGACAAGCUGAUCCUCAAGGCCUACCAGGUCAAGUACAACCCCAAGAAGAUGAAGAGGCUGGAGAAGGAGUACGCAGCCAUGAAGAGCAAGGAAAUGGAGGAGCAGAUCGAGAUCAAAAGGCUUCGGACGGAGAACCGGCUCCUGAAACAACGGAUUGAGACCCUGGAGAAGGAGAGCGCUGCUCUGGCUGAUAGGUUAAUCCAGGGCCAGGUGACGCGGGCGCAGGAGGCCGAGGAGAACUACGUCAUCAAGCGGGAGCUGGCAGUGGUGCGGCAGCAGUGUAGCUCAGCGGCCGAGGACCUACAGAAGGCGCGGAGCACCAUCCGGCAGCUUCAAGAGCAGCAGCCCUCUGCCUGCCCCCAGGACAACCCGCGCCUCACCGAGGACUUUGUGGCCCACCUGGAGACUGAGCUGGAGCAGUCACGGCUGCGGGAGACAGAGACGCUGGGGGCCCUGCGGGAGAUGCAGGACAAGGUUCUUGACAUGGAGAAGCGCAACAGCUCGCUGCCCGACGAGAACAACGUGGCGCGGCUGCAGGAGGAGCUGAAGGCGCUCAAGGUGCGGGAGGGCGAGGCUGUGGCCUCGGCGCGGGAGCUGAAGCUACAGCUGCAGGAGCUCUCGGACACCUGGCAGGCCCAUCUGUCCCGCGGCGGCCGCUGGAAGGAGUCCCCGCGGAAGCUGGUGCUGGGCGAGCUGCAGGACGAGCUGAUGAGCGUGCGUCUGCGCGAGGCCCAGGCUCUGGCCGAGGGGCGCGAGCUGCGGCAACGCGUGGUGGAGCUCGAGACGCAGGACCACAUCCACCGCAACCUGCUGAACCGCGUGGAGGCGGAGCGCGCGGCGCUGCAGGAGAAGCUGCAGUACCUGGCGGCGCAGAACAAGGGGCUGCAGACGCAGCUGAGCGAAAGCCGCCGGAAGCAGGCGGAGGCCGAGUGCAAGAGCAAGGAGGAGGUGAUGGCCGUGCGCCUGCGGGAGGCGGACAGCAUGGCGGCGGUGGCCGAGAUGCGGCAGCGCAUCGCCGAGCUGGAGAUCCAGAGGGAGGAGGGCCGCAUCCAGGGCCAGCUGAACCACUCCGACUCGUCGCAGUACAUCCGCGAGCUCAAGGACCAGAUCGAGGAGCUGAAGGCCGAGGUGAGGCUGCUGAAGGGCCCGCCGCCCUUCGAGGACCCGCUGGCCUUCGACGGGCUGGGCCUGGCGCGGCACCUGGACGAGGACUCGCUGCCGUCGUCCGACGAGGAGCUGCUCGGCGUGGGCGUGGGCGCGGCGCUGCAGGACGCGCUCUACCCGCUGUCCCCGCGCGACGCGCGCUUCUUCCGCCGUCUGGAGCGGCCGGCCAAGGACAGCGAGGGCAGCUCAGACAGCGACGCCGACGAGCUGGCCGCGCCCUACAGCCAGGGCCUGGACAACUGAGGCCGAGCCCCGCGUGCCGGAGCCAGGGGGCCACCACCCGCUCCGCCGCCGCCUGGGGCCACACCUGAUAAACUCCGUGCGCUCCGUGGUCCUGCCCACCCGGGGGCUAGGCCCAGAGCGGCGCGGCGCAGAGGGCAGGGCCGCGGGCUGAGGAUCCUCAGGGUCUCCCGACAGGCCCACUCUCCACAGCAGUGUUUACCCAUGUUGGUCUGUACCCCUCCGGGUCCAGUUCCCGGGAGGGUCUUCCCCUCUUAACAGCCAGGGCAGGGGACGACCCGGAGGUCCCAGGACUGGACGCACAGGAAGCUCCCUCCUCCCAGCAGUCCCUCUUCUGGGACACGGGUGGCCCUGCUGGGAAGGGCCCAGGGGCUAAAGGAGGCCUGAAGAAGAAGGGGGGUGGCUCUGGGCUGGACAUUACCACCCCACGAUGCCCCUGGGGACCCUUGGCGGCUGGGCACAGAUGGCCAGGCUGGCCUUUCCUGCCUGGUGCAGGCAUCAUGGCCCCUGCAGCAGAAACCAAAGUCCCCCCUACUGUGUGCAGGGCCACCUGGGGUGUGAGCGGACAGCGGAAACCAGCCCGGGCGUGGGCAGUGACUGUCCCUGCUUCUUGGGGGCCAGAGCAGCUGCAAGGAAGUGAAGAGACCCCCCUCGCCCCAGCGCCCCCCCAUAUUCCUGUGUGAGACACUCCCAUCACCUUGUCUUGGCCAACGAUGGAGAGGCUCCCCCACCCAAGCUAGCCUGCUCUCCAAGGGGGUCCCCAGCCUCUUCAUCCCUUCCUUCCCUGUGGCCCCAGCCCCACCCUCCCCAGGGGAGGACUCUUCCCAGUGGUUACCUCCCCUCCGCUGCUCAUGGUGGUCCCGUGGUCUUUGCAGAGUCGGAGCUGAGAACGGUGCCAAAGUCCAACGAUGCCCCCAGCCCCUUGCCCCCAGGGCCUUGCGACCCUCGGGCCUGACCCUGUCGGUGCUCCUGGAGCCCGGAGCAGCAUCAAAAGCAAUCUCCCUGGCGCUUCCUGGGGUGGGGACCCAUGGUCAGUUCCCCCGUCCCGGUUGCCCACUCCUCAGUGUUACAAAAGCCUGGGGACCAGGGUGGGCGCCCACAGGGCUCUCCCAUGUGCCCCCCACACUGCCCACCACCAUUUUGCACACUGCCUGUUCACACUCCACACAUCGCCCAGGCGGGAAAGAUGGAAAAUAAAGUGUAUUUACACAGUCACA